CGCUCGCUCAACUUUAGAGUAUUCAGUCUUUAUUGAGUCUCUCUUCCGGUCCAGUGUUCAUCUGCCGCCGCUCCAGCUCAGACCUUGCCCGGCCUGCCGGAGACUCAGGUUAGAAGGACUGCUUGAAGUGGAUUCAUACUGAAGAUGGAGGUGGAAGUGAACAAAUGGGAAAUCAUUUAUGUUCCGGACACCCCACCUCGUCUGAUAAACCAACAACCCAACGUUGAUGUGUUCGCUUCAUUGAUAGAGCCAAAGCUUGCCAAUACUCUUGUGAGGCGGUUGAAUCAAAUUGCACCAUUGGAGAAUCUUCGCCAUGUGAAGCGGAUAAGGAAGAAUUGCAUUGAAGGAGGAAAACCUCAGUUGUCUGUUAUCUUAUGUCUUGCACUUGAAAGUGAGAAUCAACCUGCAACCAUACCAAAUGACAUACUUGAGCUAAUAAACGCCUAUCAGUUGAGUCCUUUCAUUACAAAAGUAGCUAAAUAUACUGCUUUGUCAAAGGAAGAAUGGGAAGAACAAUGCAAGCUCUGGCCUACAUCAUACCAUCCUCCAACUUACAAUAUUGAUGGCAUCACUGGUUUUAGUGAAGAGGACUCACAAUCAAUCUUCAACUUCAUGAAAUCUGCGAUUGAACUUGCAAUAUCUGGCCCCUGUCAUGACCAGCAGGUAGUUAAUGCAGCAAUAAUAGUUGAUCCUUCAGUAAGACAGGUAAUUGCAAAUGCAUGUGACCAAACAUGUGGAUGGGACAAUCCCCUAGGUAAAUGUGUGGGAGAUUUUACUGCCCAUGAACCUGAUUCAAAUGGAGCAGUGAUCAGUGAACCUUCAGUCUCAGAUUGCAUAGGCGAUGAUAAUGAUCAUCGACUAUCAUAUACUGGUGUUUCUUGUCUAUAUCCUAGGAGAUGGACAGAGCAUCGACCAUGUGCUGGAAGUCCUCGUUACUUGCAUCCAUUACGACAUGCAGCUCUUGUUGCUAUUGAAUAUGCUGCUGAGAGGGAUAGGCGCCUAUUCCCUGGAUCACACUCAGAAAGUCGACCUAUUCAAGAGGACGACAUGCAGUCUUCUUCCAUGAGCCUACCAGCAAAAAGACAAAAGACGGAUACUGCAGAAGAUGAUAGUGACAUGGUCCUGAAAAUAUGUGCUAAUAAUUCACCAUCUGAAGCAGUUCGGCCUUAUCUUUGCACUGGUUUUGACAUCUACCUUGUUUGGGAGCCAUGUACAAUGUGUGCCAUGGCACUUGUUCAUCAAAGAAUACGGCGUAUAUUUUAUGCUUUUCCAAAUCCAAAUGCUGGUGCCUUGGGCAGUGUCCAUAGAUUGCAAGGAGAGAAAAGCUUGAAUCAUCACUAUGCUGUUUUCAGAGUUUUGUUACCUGAAGAAAUCCUUUAUAAAAGAAUAUGAGUUAGUUUCCAAUGGACCCUGAUAUCAUCACCUUGUUGAAGGAUUGUAACCUUUGAAGUUCCAGAUACUGCUUCUCAAGAACUGGAUAAGUAGUUCUAUGAGGGACUUUAUCUUAAUCAUAUAGUGGUUCUCAUUUAUUUAUUCUUUGAAGAACAACUUAAUCAUAUGGAGUUGGACUGCCAUGAGAGGGCAUUUCACUAGGAUGACAGCUUAGAACAAGACAAGAUGGGGAUCCUUUUUUAGCUGUCUACAAGGCUUGGAGUUCUUGGGUUCACAUCAGUAUAGUGGAGCAUCUCCGGAUUGUUUUGGAAUGUGCCCUUUUUUUUUUUUAGUAGAAAUUGAAGGGUGUGUUUUAUUUUAACUGACAUGAUGCCUAUCAAAUUAACCAUGUGCUCAUUAAAGAGCAAGAGUGAAGUCAAUUUUAAUUUGAAAAUUGAAACAGCUGAGGACAGUCUUACACAAUUGUAUUGUUUAAUCUUUUUUCAA